CGUUUUUGAGCACAAAGGUUCUUUUUUGUAAUUUGUGCGGUUUUUUUUGGUAAAAAUGUCGACUACAAGCAAAGUUCAAGUGAUAAAUUUAUAUAGAUCCUUAAUUAGAGAGUCCAAGAAAAUACCUGCGUACAAUUUUAGAAAUUAUGCUGUGCGUAAAAUAAGGGAUACUUUUAAGGAAAAUAAAGGGUUGACGGACCCGAAUAGAAUAUCUCAACAGAUUGCUGAAGCGCAGAAAAAUCUAGAAGUUAUUAAAAGACAAGCUUUAAUAGGACAAAUGUACAGCACUGAUAAGUUGGUUAUUGAAACUAUACGCACAAAUAAAAGAUAAAUACUCUAAAAAGUGACUUUAAGUAAUUGUGGGGCCUUUAUUUUGUACAUGUAUUAGAAAUUUGAAACUCAUGAUUGUAACUUUGUAGAAGUAAGUCAAUUUAUUAUUUUAUGUAGAUUAUUGUAAGAAUGUAAAUAGUUUUAAUUAAUGUGCGGAGAUUAUUAAAAAAUAAUACAAUU